GACCAGUCGACGAGCUAUGGGCCAGGAAAAAUGCAGCGCUACAGCGCCAAAGCAUUGCUCUUCCGAGCCAGCGGGGCGGAAGGCUCGAAUUGUCGGUUCGUGUUCCGAAGGGAGCCCAGUCUGAAUCACUGUAGUUUGAAGACCCUCGCCUGUAGGGCCCCAUUCCUCAGGGUCCUAUCCUUGAACCGCCCGAAGGCGCUGGGACGCCGAGGCACGGACGAAGACGCCCACCAGGCGCAGCUACGUAGAUCCGACUCCCGCGCGCCAAGUAGGCGAUCGACGUUUUAUCCAUGCCCCCGCUCGCGCCCCGACCCCAGGAGCCAGAGCGGGGAUGUGCAUGAAUGCCUGACCUCCGAGGCCACGUGGUUGAUCCAUGCCCAGCUUCCCGUGGCGCCCACAGCGGGAGGCAGCAGCAGGGGGAUGGAUCACGCGUCGAUCGCCGACAAAAAAGGCCGCCCUGGGAGCACGGGUCGCGCGGAGAGCUGCUCGCCACUCGGGGCGGGAAGGGAAAGGCGGCGCGCGCACGCGCCCGGCAUGAUCAUCCCUCGCUCCUCGCACUCCUCGCUCCCCACGAAGUCCGACCAAAGGCCCUCGGCCUCCAUGGCCGGAGCGGCCGGCGCGGCCGUCUCCAGCUCGGGGGCGGCGGCUCCUCCGCAUUAUGGGGCGGCCAGGCGCCAGCAGGCCGCCCAGUCGUCAGCAGUCUUAAACGGGUGGAAGGCGGCAGGCCAGGAGGCGCUGCAGUCGACCUCGACGUGCUCGUCGACCUUGGUGCACGUGCCGUCGCUGGUGAUGGAGAAAUCAUCCAUCGGGGGCACGCCCAGGUGGGAAAGACACUGGCUGAGGAAGAGGUCCUCGCCCCACGCCUCCCAAUCCAGCUCCUCCUUGCAUCUCGACGCUCCAUCCUGAUACACCUUGACGGCCUGUCUGGAUACCACCUCCAACGCGCCGAACAUGGCCGGGAAACCGUCUGUUCCUGGGUACGCGUUGCAAUUCCUGAUGAAGGUUGCUGCGUUCUUCAAUUGCUUAACUUUGUUCGCUCCACGUACCUCCGCCUCCUUCAGGUGAUCUCGGAGCUUGUCCGCAAAGAGCACUGAGUCUGGUCCACCUUCACAGUCCAGUCGAAGCUGAGGGCCGCCGUCCUGCGCAGGACCGCCUGCCACGCACGCAUGAACAGGGCCGCGUUGCCGGCGGUGCCGUCCUUGGAGGUGCCCACCGCAGCGCCCUGGAAGGUCAGCGCGGCCACCUCUCCACCAGACCCUGCUCCGACGGCCCACUCCUGCUCGCUGAGCACCGCGAAGCCGUCGCAGCCGAAGAUCCCCGCGCCCAGCUCCAGCUGCUUCGCCAUCAGAUCCGCCUCGUAGUUGGUGCUGCGCGCGAGCGUCCAGCAGAACACCGAGAGCCCCUUCUUCAGCGGGGCUCUGCACGGCCUCUCGCAGCUGGCCUUCUCCCAGUAUCGCCAGAGGUGGGCCUGGAAGUCCUCGAAGGAAGAGCCUCUCAUCAAGUUCUCGUACCAUUCUGGAUGUUCCUCGAUGCCCUUGUCGGAAGCGUACAUCACCUCCUCGUAACAGCGCGACCCAGGCUGUGCCGUGCUGCAGCUGCAGCUCUGCUGGCAGCUACUAGCUCUGCCAGCGUCCGAGUGCAGGAAAUCCUGGACUUGUUCGAAGGACGACGACUCACUCAGACCCGCCCACCUUUCGGGAUUCUCCCGGACGUCGUACAUCGCGCUCAAGACCUCGUUGUAGCAAUGCUCACCGACGACGGGCGUCAUGCAGCUUGUGGUGGUCGAGGUCGAGGUGCUCGUUGUGGUCGCGGAGGUCGCAACCGUGCUUGGUGUGGUGGACGUGUUGGCCACGAGGGGGAGCGCGCUCCCAUGCCCAGAGGCUGUGGCCGUUCUCGUCGUGGUGGGCAAGUGGGCCACGACAGAGAGGGCGCUCCCCUGUUCAAUCUCGCCCUGCUGCGAGGGACCGGGCUGCACGUCCACGACCAUGGCCCUGCGCUCGUUGAUGCCGCCCCCCCUCCCCCUCAGCAUCGAGCCUGGAAGAUGGUAGUAGCCCGCGAGCAGGGAGCCCGAGAGCACCAGCAGGAGGGUGCCCGACAAGCAGGCCCCCAACCACGCCAUUUUCACCUUCCGCGGGGUCUCGGCGCUGUCUGAGCGCGGGGACAAGAUGCCCCACGAGACCCACGAGACCCUGCCCACAUUCAGGGCCGUCCUCUGCUCCGCACGCUGCCGCAGCAACCGGGCGCUCUCGCUCGCGCUCGGCAGGGUGAGGCGCGGCACGGAAGUCAGAGAAUUCUGGCGCGACACGGAGCUCAGGGAAUUCUGGCGCGACACGGAACUCAGGGAGCUCUUCCGGAGGGGCGCGGUCGGAUCAUGGUCGUCGUGCCGAGCAGAGGCGGCGGCGACCGCCGCCCACCCCGGGGGGGGCGUCGACCGCAUCACGCCAGCCGGCGACUCCGACCUGGGUGACCUGCGCGGCACUGGCGGUAGCCAGGAGGUGCGGCGCGUGUCACGGGGGGUCCUCGACGCCGCCGAGCGCGGGGUCGGCGGCAGCGACCGCGGCGUUGUGCGGUCUGCCCCGCGCGGGGUGCUGCCCGUGGCCAAGCGCGGCGUGCCGCUCGGCCCGAGCGCGGCGGCGCGGUCCACUCCGCGCGGGGUCGUGCCCUCCGUGGACGCCGUCGCCCCGCGCGGGAGCCAGAACGAGGGGGGCAGCACCCGCGGCGUGCCGCCCAUGGCGCCGACCCGGGUCCCCUUCGCGGCCGAGGCGGAGAGCCGCGCGCGCGGUGCCCGGCGGGCUCCCUCCGCGCGCUGGGGACGCCGCGGGACCGGGGCUGCUC